AUGCAGUUCAACAAUCAGUCGAGAGACGAACCAAAUAAAGCAAUGAGUGAAAAGCAAAGAGCGAACGCUGUCGCACGGUUUGUGUUCCAGGAAGCUGACGAGCAUCUGUUGUGUCCGGUAGAGAGUUUAGAGGGUACUUUCUCCUAUCAGCCAUCAUUGGCUUCCCUUACGGACUCCGACAGCUCUUCAAUCGCAGAAUCGUCAGUUCAAAGCUUGACCGAAUUAUGCUCAUUGCCCAAAGAAAGCCACAAGCAGCGCCGAAUAAGCUUUGCCAAUGUGCUGGUCCGCGAAUACGCCGUGACGCUUGGGGACCACCCAUACUGCAGCGAUGGAGUAGCUCUAUCGCUGGAUUGGGAGUGUACCGAUGAGCACAUUCAAGGCAUUGAGGACAGCCAGGAGCGCACCGAGAAAUACAGAUUUCCUCGGCGUCUAUCGUAUCAAGAACGACGCGAUCGUAUUUGCGGCUCGGCUCUAAGUCCCAGGAUUUUCUGUGCCAGCAAUGCAUGUGAUGGUCCCCGUGAUAUAAACGCUGUGAUCGAAAUGCUACAAAAGUCAUGGAACCAGACCAGACUUUUGCCAGCACCAGAUCUGUUUGAUAUCGAAGAUAUUGAAGACACAACUGAGCAAGGAGCUGAAAUCGAGCAACCUUGUAGUUCUUCGAUGGUCUUUCAAUGGAAGCGGAAUUGUGGCCCUCCACGAAGAUCUCAAUCAUUCUGCGAAUGA